AUGGUAGACAAAAAACCUCUGUCGAUCCUCAAUCCAGAGCCCCGGAAGUUGCCUGGACCGGCGCUGCUUCAUUUGCUUGUUUCCGGCGCUGAAGAUGGCGAUCGAACCGAUGCGGCAGCUGCAUCAGGCCACAAUGUGGCCAGAGCGCAAGCCGAAGCCGUGCCGCAACCACUGGCGCUCGACUACAGGGCCCCGGAUGGCACGCAUGUGACGCUGUCAUACCCGGAGCUGCACAAAAUUGCCCUCUUUCUUGCAGUCGAAAUCAGCCGUCGGCUGGAUGCUGUGGCAGAUGUGUCGACCAAAUCUUCGCUUCCGACCACCAACGACUUCGUCGUACCGGUCUUGAUUCCCCAGGCGCCGGAGCUGUAUGUCUCGCUUCUGGCCAUCCUCAAGUCCGGCGGUGCCUUUUGCCCGAUCCAACUGGAUGCACCACCAGAUCGCAUUCGCUUCAUUUUGGACGACGUUGGAGCCGGUCUCAUCCUGACGACGUCGGCCAUGGCGGCCAGGCUCCCUGAGGGCAUCAAGGCGUCCCUACAGGUCAUGCUUGUUGAUGAGCUUCACCUAUUUGACAGACGAUAUGUCGGGCCGGAGACGUCGGAAACGCCGACGUCAUCGGCUCGGACCGUUGGCCCCGAUGACCUGGCCUACGUCAUGUACACAUCCGGCUCGACUGGCACGCCCAAAGGCGUCGGUGUCCCGCACGGCGCUGCUACUCAGAGCCUGCUCUCGCACGACCACUACGUCCCGAGUUUCCAGCGCUUUCUCCAGUUUGCGGCACCCACAUUUGAUGUCUCCGUCUUUGAGAUUUUCUUCCCUUGGUUCCGGGGUGCGACGCUGGUCUGCUGCAGCCGGGCCGACUUGCUCGACGAUCUGCCGGCUGUCAUUACCUCUCUCGACGUGGAUGCUUGUGAGCUAACGCCCACUGUGGCGGGAAGUCUCCUGCAGAGCCGAGCCAACGCGCCCGGUUUAAAACUACUCUUGACGAUUGGCGAGAUGCUGACAGAGCCCGUGAUUUGCGAAUUUGGUGCCGGCCCGGAGCAGACGAGCAUUCUUUGGGCCAUGUAUGGCCCCACAGAAGCAGCCAUCCACUGUACAUUACAACCGGCGCUGGAUGGAACAGCUUCAGUGAAAAACAUUGGGUUUCCUUUGGAAACAGUGUCGGCGUACAUCUUGGCCAUCCCGGAUGAAGAGGGCGACGAGAGUGACAAGGACGCCUGUGGAGACCCGCGACUCGCGCAAAUGGGCGAGGCCGGUGAGCUGGCCGUUGGUGGCCACCAGCUGGCCCGCGGUUACAUUAACCGUCCGGAGCAGACAGCCGCUGCAUUUAUCGAUACACAACAAUAUGGACGACUGUACCGCACCGGUGACAAGGCCCGGGUCACCGAACAAGGCACCCUCGAGUGCUCUGGCCGUCUGUCGGGCGGCCAGGUGAAGCUGCGUGGUCAGCGGAUCGAGCUGGGCGAGGUGGAGCAAGCUGUUCUCCGCACAGACGGCUGUCGCGGGAGUGUUGCGGCUGUGAUCAACGGCAUUCUUGUUGCGUUUUGCGACGCGGGACCCAAGGCGUUUACUGCUACGGCAUUCACUGGCUUGGAAGAAGCAAUACUGGACUCGUGUCGAGCAUGGUUGCCUCGGUUUAUGGUCCCUGGUGAUAUUGUUCUCAUGCCCGAUUUCCCUCGCUUGCCAUCGGGCAAAGUUGACCGCAAACGGCUUUCGAGUGAGUACACAGAGUUGAAUACAGAGCAGGUCACCGAACCGCCACCAGAAGAGUUCGAGGACGACCUCGAUUACACGCUGCACCAGGUUGCAAGAUCCGUUCUGGAUUCGACCAUCAGAAACACAGUGCCUCUUGCUUCUGUAGGACUGGACUCUUUAAAAGCGAUUCGGUUUGCUGCCACUAUCCGCGGCGCUGGCUUCCCUCAUGUUAGUGCGGUGGACGUUCUUGAGUCAAGGACACUGGCAGCGCUGCAUUCUCGCAUACGACAGUCCACACCGGAAGCGUCAGACAACAUCGAAGCACAAAAUCAAGAUUAUCUAAUAGAAGCAAGUGAGCUUUUCGCCGACAAUGAACUGGUCAGAAGCCACUUCAAACUGGACGAUGUGGAGCGCGUGGUGGAAUGUACCCCAAUACAAAUCGCGAUGCUGGCGGAGACGCUGGCUGACCCCAGGGCGUAUUGCAACUGGGUCGAGCUUGGAUUCCGCGACAAUACCUCCUGUGAAACGAUUUUCAAGGCGUUGGAUCAUCAAAUCAGCCAACACGAAGCGUUGAGGACAGGCUUUGCCCAGUAUCACGGCCGAUUCGUGCAAGUUAUUCGCCGGUAUGGGGCAGAAGACCAGAUACGAACGAUGGACCAGCUGCAACGCGACUGCCAGCUUGAUACGGAAGAGAAGCUUCUGAUGCCGUUUUACGUGGAUAUUGAAGAGGCCGAUAUCAACAAAGUCGGAGACAUACGUGUUGUCCUUCACAUGCACCACGCCAUGUACGAUGGCUGGUCUCUCGACCUCCUCCGCCGCAACUUGCACGCCUUCUUGCGCGGCGAGUUCAUAUUGUCUGCAAAUCACUACUCGGCCGUUGUCCAACAUAGCCGCUGCAUGACGUCCGCGCAACGGGAAGCAGCCGAGCAUUUCUGGGCCGAAACGCUUAACGGGUUCCAGCCGAGCGCCCUCCCGGAGCUCAACGCACGACGCGACGUUACGGGGCGAAUCCUUAGCCGAGAAAUAUUACUGUCCUCGGUCGAUGGCACGCCGGUAGACAAGGCUCACAUAGAUCGCGUGGCCAAUGCCGUGGGAUGCAGCACACAAACUCUAUUCCAAGCCGCGCUGGCGUGGCUGUGGAGUGGCCUUGUCGGCUCCCCGGAUGUCGUUCUAGGAACGGUCACGUCGGGUCGGACCCUCCCCGUGGACAACAUUAUGGAUAUUGUAGGUCCAUGUCUACAGACUGUGCCGCUCCGAGCAGACCUCUCUCGCAUGCACACAAUCCGCGACCUCCUCCUGAAUAUCCACGCAUCCAACCGCGCCCUUCUGGCGCACGCGUUCCUCCCGCUGCCAGAGAUCAAGAAAAUUGCCGGUACUCGUCCUGGCCAAUUCCUGUACGAUGUCUUGUUCGUUUAUCAAGAAUCAAUGUACAGCAAUGGAACGGAAGACGACUUGGUCCGUGAGAUUGGCCACAAAGACUACCUGGAGACAAAGAUGCUCUGGGAGGUGGAGCCGCAGGCGAAACACGGCCAAAGGAAUGGCACAUUUCGAAUCAGGACAACGUUUCACGCCGACUCGUUUCCCGAAGUCCAAGUGGAAAUGCUCCUGAAGCAAUAUGCUGCUGCUUUGGAACAUAUUGUUGCCAAUGUGAACGACACUCUCUCCGCAGUGUACGCCGGGAUUCCUGUAGCCUUACAAUCCCGCCACAACCUCGACUACCGGACCUUUGACGGCCACCCAGACCUGGCCCAGCUCGUGCAAAAGUCAUCAAAGAGAUUCCCUACGAGGCCUGCGGUUUGUUUCGCCACAUCGUUCAAUGACGGAGAGAACAACGGCGAAGGCUUGAUGCAAUAUACUACCAUCACUUUUGACGAGCUCAACAGGAUGGCCAAUCAAAUUGCACGCUGUCUUCGGAAGUCACUCGGCGCAAAACCUGGUGACGCUGUGGCAAUUGUCAUGGAGAAGUCGGUACUCCUGUACGCCGGCAUUCUGGGCAUACUCAAAGCCGGGUGUGCGUACCUACCUCUUCUACCAACGACACCGUUGACUAGAAUACACACCAUUCUCGAACAGGCCGGUGUUAGGUGUAUUCUUUCUGAUACGAGAACUACAAACGAUCUCUCGAGUCUUAAUAUUUGUCCCGUACUGGACUUGCAAAUCGCUGACCUGAGACUGUAUCCUGAUGAAGACUUGGAAGGAGACGAAGCUAUACCGGCUGACCCAGCGCGGAUCGCCAACAUUGUCUACACUUCGGGCAGCACGGGCGUGCCCAAAGGUGUCUGCGUCACCCAACUCAACAUCUGCAGUAACCUCGAUGUCCUGUCACGUAUCUACCCCAUCUCCCAGAAAAAUGGUGGACGACUUUUGCAGUCAUGCUCGCAAGCAUUUGAUGUAUCCGUAUUUGAAAUUUUCUUUAGCUGGGUGUAUGGCCUGUGCCUCUGUUCGGCCACGAACGAUGUGCUGUUUGAAGACCUGGAGCGCACUAUACGCCUCUUUGGCAUCACGCACCUGAGCAUGACCCCGACUGUGGCUGCACUGGUCAACCCUCAGAAUACACCGAGUGUUGAGUUUCUCGUCACAGCUGGGGAGCCGUUGACAGAAAAGGUGGCCAACAUGUGGUCGAAGCAGCUGUUCCAGGGGUAUGGACCUUCCGAGACGACAAACAUCUGCACUGUGAAGAAGAUGGCCCUUGGUGAUACCAUCCGCCACCUCGGAUUUGCUUUUGAGAAUACGUCGACAGUCGUGCUUCGCAUGGGCGACGCAAGUGGACAGACAGUACCUUUUGGGGCUGUUGGCGAAUUCUGCUUUGGCGGCGAUCAGGUCGUUGCUGGCUACCUGGGACUGCCAUCAUUAACGGCAGAAAAGUUCAUUCAACAUCCCGUUUAUGGCCGGCUCUAUCGCUCUGGUGACAUUGGCCGCAUGCUACCCGACGGUUCGCUAAUGAUCACGGGUCGCGUUGAUGACCAGAUCAAGCUACGAGGCCAACGCAUCGAGCUCAACGAAAUCAACGCCGUUCUUUGCGCAUCUCCACUUGUGGCCAAGGCGGUGACCGUUGUCGCCCGCAAAGAAGACUCGCCGGAGUCCAGCUCUGACCAGCUAGUCGCCUUUUACAUGCCCUCGUCAACGUCGUCAAAUCGCAUAUUUUGUGUUUUUGAUUCACAUCAAGACUUGGCUGCUUCUCUUUUCCUCGAGCUGCAAUCUCGGCUGCCAGUUUAUAUGGUACCGACAUUCUUGAUCCCAAUAACAAACAUGCCCCUGACACCAGCUGGGAAAGUGAACAAAGCUUUGCUGCUGAACACCUUCCGCAGCCUCUCUCAAGAUCAACUGUCCGCCUUUACAAACAAUUUUACCACAGCUGAAGACGAUGACGCCGCACAGUGGACGGAUAUUGAGGUGCAGAUCUCUGUUAUUAUUGCUGAUGUUUUCAGGUCUGAUGCGCAGAGUAUCCGCCGCUGGACGCCGCUGGCCAGCGUAGGCCUUGACUCGUUAUCUGCCAUCCAUGUUUCUCGGCGGCUCAACCAGACGUUUCCAGAGUGCCGCCUUGCCAUCUCGGAUAUUCUACGGAACAUGUCCAUUGCACAGCUGGCACAGUUGAUUGCCGAGAAGUCGGCAACGACAUCAUUUACCUCUGGCAUUGCGUCAACCGUUUCACUGGACGUGUUUUCAUCAGAUUUUCUGUCAAACUUGCAGUCGAACCUUGAGGAAAGACGCUUGUCUUCAACCAAACCAGCCACGCCGUGCUUACCACUGCAAGAAGCGAUGCUGGUCUCGCCGACACGGGGCAAGACUUAUGUCAAUCGCAUGCUCUUCCGCCUCGUAGAGAAUGUGGAUGUCAUACAAGAGGCGUGGAUGGAAGUCUGUGCUCGCCAAGAUAUUCUGCGCACAUGCUUUGUGACAUCCGAUCACGUCUUGUACCCCAUUGCGCAGGUUGUCCUGGACACCUAUACGGCUCCCUGGCUGGAUCUGGCUACAUCUGCUAUGGACACUCUUGACACCCUCGUUGAGCAGCACGCACAAUCACUCCCCUAUCCAGUCGACUCGUUCCAGCCCCCAGUUUCUUUUGCAGCAAUCAGGGACAGAGACACUCAGUAUCUGUCCUUUGUCUGCCACCACGCAGUCUACGACGGAGAAGCCAUGGGCCGUCUUUUAUGGGAAGUCGAACAGGUUGUCCUCAGCAUGAGCGGACAGGAAAAGUCAUCGGUAAUACUGAAUACGGCGCCGAAUUUCAGCAUGUUCCUUCAGCAAGCGUUGAACCUUCCGUCGUCCACAGACCAAUUCUGGAGCGACCAUCUUGCUGGGUACAAACCGACUCUGCUACUUGCAAACAGGCCGGCCGCACCUGACAAGGGUAGCGGAAUCCUGGAGCAGGCUCUCGACAUGCCUCUAUCGGCCAUCCAGGAUCAAGUAAAGCGCCUGGGCUACUCCUUGUUGACGGCCUGUCAGGCAGCGUGGACAGGUACUAUGGCCAUUCUUAUGCAGACGGAUGACGUCUGUUUUGGCAACGUCUACAACGGCCGCUCUGUGCCAGCUGAGAAUGUGGACAGUUUAGUUGCCCCAUGCUUCAACACGCUUCCUGUCCGUGCCAACAUUUCCGUAUUACAGUCCAACCGCGAUCUGUUGUCCUACUUUCAAACCCUGAACCCGGACCUGCUCCUGCAUCAGUUUACGCCUCUAAGGCAGAUCCAAAGGCAACACGGUAACGGUCGUCGUCUUUUUGACAGCUUGCUUCUGCUUCAGCAACCAUCACGGCCACUCAACAAUGAUAUUUGGACCCUGGAGCGGGACGACGGUGAGAUGGAUCUCCCAAUGGUCUUUGAGCUUACGCCGGCCUAUGACGAAGACAAGUUACGAGGUCGGCUUCACUUUGACAAAAAUAUUGUUACGCCGGAAGCAGCGUCAGUUGUUGUCGACCUGUUUGGCACUGUCAUGACGACUCUCGUACAGUUCUCGUCGUCGCGCAUCCCAAGUCGCACAGAGCUACCUCAGUCUUUGCAGGACAAACUUGACAAUCUGCACUUGAACGUGGAAUCGUUCGGGAAAGAAGCCGAAGACAGCGGGUCGGACGCCGUUCUUGUCCACGAAACCGAUGAGAUUUGGACUACGACCGAGUCGGUCAUUCGUACAGUAUUGUCCCGGCUCGCCGCUGUGCCUGCAGACAACAUUCGGCGCGACACGACAAUUUACCGCCUUGGCCUCGAUAGUGUCCGCGCCGUGCAAGUAGCAUCUGAACUCCGAAAACAAGGACUCCAGGUCUCGGCCGUGGAUGUCAUGGAGCACCCGAGCGCUGCAACCCUGGCCGCUGCAACCCUGGCAGCAUCACUCUCACCACCACUCUCACCACCACUCGUCCAAGUUACAGGAGCCACCACGACCUCCAACAACUCCGAGUUCCGCACGCCAGACACAUCUUCCGCGACACACACUCUACCAAGUUCAUCUCUUUCCGUUGCAUCUCCCGGGCCCCUCGAACUACAGACAAUAGACUUUAACACAUUUCGUGCGGCUUCUCGCCCUGUGCUUGAUAAACAUGGGUUCUACCUUGAGCAUGAAAUUGAGACUGUCUUGCCUUGUACUCCCUUGCAAACGGGGCUGCUCACAGAGUUCGUUCGGUCAAAGGGAAAACACUACUUCAAUUUCAUCACCUUCGAGCAGAAACGAGGGGACGAAAUCCCGAGACUCGAUGGAGCUAUGUGGCAAAAGGCGUGGAGGCAAGUUGCAUGUUCGACCCCUAUGCUGCGGACAGGCUUCGUAAGCAUGGAUGGUGCAGCGGACAGUGACAGCGACAGCAACAGCGAUGAUGCAUUUGACGCCCUGUCUCCGUUUGCCAUGGUCCAGAUCUCUCUAGAGUCAAUGGAGCACCAUGCCCGCGUUCUUCUCGUCAAUGACGGCCACGAUUUUGAUCUCAAAAAAUGGAAACGCGAGGCAACGGUGGAAACUCUCACGAACCUCCAGCUUCCACCAUGGCAAGUGGCUAUUGUCGACGGCCGUGUAGGAGACAUUGUGACCUGCCACCUGGCCAUCCAUCACGCACUGUACGAUGCCGCAAGUCUGCGGGUUCUUCUGGACGACGUGACCGCUUUUAUACAGGCUGGACACGACGUAAAGCGGAAGGAAACCCCAUCAACAGAGCUGGUCGUCUCUGAUAUUCUCCACCAAGUCGCUUCCUUGACCGGUUCUUCAUCACCCGUAGCCGACCUCUGGAGAGAAAAGAGUGGUCAAACUGUUGUCAAUACUUUCCCUCUACUGACUCCACUCAACGAGUCCCAAGGAUAUGCUGUUCUGUCUCGGCCAUCGUCGCGCUUACUUGACGAGCUACAGACGGCCGUGCGAAGUGCUGGAUUCACCAUGCACGCUGUCCUCCAGGCGGCAUGGACGCGCAUCCUGUCGUCUUACGUGGGCGAUGCAUCGGUCGUUUUCGGUGCUGUUCUCUCGGGCCGCAGCUCCGAGGCGACUGAGCGUGCGGAUUUCCCGUGCAUUUCCACGUUGCCGGUCGUCGCCCAGAACAAGUCAAGCAAUAGAGCGCUGGUUGAGCAGUUGAUGCAUGCAAACAUUCUACUUCACAAGUCGCAACACGUCCCGCUUCGCCAGAUUCAGAGAUGGCUGGGUCAGCCUGAUACCCGGCUGUUCGAUACACUUCUCGUCUACCAGACCGCCGAGCGUGGCUCAAGCUCUGAUAACUGCCCUUGGACUAUUUCAGACGAGGAGGCCAUUGUUGACUAUCCAAUCUCUAUCGAGGCCAUUGCAGAGGCAUCCGAUCGACCGCUGCUGUACCAGAUCACGUUUGAUACCAGCGUCCUACCACGCGAGCAUGCGACCAUCCUUCUCAAUCAGCUUGACGCUAUCGUCAACCACCUUGCGACCCAUCCUGACGGCGACGAAGACGACUUUGUGGAACUGAACCCUGAACUCUACAGUGUGCUGCCUCCAACCGUGCGGGAGCUUCAGUCGGAUGUGAAGCUGCUGCAUGAGUUUGUUGAACGGCAGGCUGAGCUAAGGCCAACAAAAGUCGCUCUGCAAUUCGUUACGGCCUUCGACGAGAGCAGAGGCGGCGUUCCGGUUAGCAAAGAAUGGUCUUUCGACGACCUGAACACUCGCGGUAACCAGGUCGCCGGUCUGGUGUCUCAGCAUGCAGAGCCCGGAUCAAUUGUGGCCAUCUGCUUUGAUAAGUGCCCCGAAGCCUUCGUUGCCAUGUUGGGUAUCCUCAAAGCCGGAUGUGCUUAUCUGGCUCUGGAUCCUGGCGCACCAUCAUCGCGCAAAGAAUUUAUUCUCCAGGACGCGGGAGCACCGCUCCUUCUCACGGAUGUGACCAGAGCUGCAGCGACAGUCUCGGAUGGUGGCUUGUCUGACAUCACACCGGCCGUCACGAUACUUGACAUUGAUAUGGCCUCUCUGGAUACUGCCAGCGAUUGCGUGGCUUUGUCAAGUGUCCGCCGCGCACCUGAGCCAAGCGACGUGUGCUACUGUCUCUACACAUCAGGCACCACGGGCACUCCCAAAGGCUGCGCCAUCACACACGAGAAUGCAGUGCAGUGCAUGCUGGCCUUCCAAGAGCUAUUCCGGAACCACUACGAUGCCGAAACAUCCCGAUGGCUGCAGUUUGCCUCUUUCCACUUUGACGUCGCUGUCCUGGAACAAUACUGGACGUGGUCUGUAGGCAUGACGUUGGUCGGAGCUCCGCGUGAUUUAAUUUUGGAAGACCUGGCCGGCACGAUCUCGCGGCUCGACAUCACCCACAUUGACCUGACCCCAAGUCUGGGCCGCCUGCUCGACCCCAACGAUGUUCCCAGUCUAUGCCGCGGCGUCUUCAUCACCGGCGGCGAGCCACUCAAACAGGAAAUGCUCGACCCAUGGGGCCCUACCGGCGCCGUUCACAACUUUUAUGGCCCGACCGAGGCCACCAUCGGCGUCACGUCGUAUCCGCAGGUCCCACGAAACGGGCGCGCGUCCAACAUUGGUAGACAAUUUCCCAAUGUCGGUACCCUUGUCUUCCGCCCUGGAACACAGACGCCCAUUUUGCGAGGCGGUGUUGGCGAGCUCUGCGUGUCUGGGACAUUGGUCGGUCAAGGUUACCUGAAUCGCGCCGAAUUUACCAAUGAGCGCUUCCCAACCCUGGAUGGCGAUGGAACUCGCUACCGCCAAGACCAUGGCGACCGUAUUUACCGCACGGGCGAUCUUGUCAGGAUGAUGCAUGAUGGCUGUUUUGAUUUCCUAGGCCGUGCUGACGACCAAAUUAAGCUUCGUGGGCAACGACUUGAAAUUGGUGAAAUCAACCACGCCAUCCGCCUCGGCCUCGGGGCCAGCGUUGGUGAUGUUGCCACGCAGGUGAUCCGCGACGAAGACAACAAGAAGGAUUUUUUGGUGUCUUUUGUUGUCGUUGACCAUGCGGACGGACACAGUUCAGCAUCCGACAGUGCUAUUCUCUCCCGACAAGUCCAGGCAGCCUGUCGAGAGCGGCUCCCAGGCUACAUGGUGCCAACCUACGUGGUUCCGCUGGCCGCAAUCCCGCUGUCGGCCAACAACAAAGCAGAUGGCAAAGAGCUGAAGCGUUUCUUUAACAGUCUGUCACCAGACGAGCGAAUGCACACGACAGGCGCUGCAACAAGCGACGUGGCAGCGCCGACGACGGCGUCAACCGCUGCUCUCCCCGCCCCGCUUUCUGAACAUCCGAGCGGCAAGAUCGUUGUCCAAGUUCUGCACAAGUUGGGCCUACUUGACCCCAAUCACCACACCCUCGCCCAACACACGAGCAUUUUCGAACUCGGCAUCGACUCUAUCUCUGUGCUACGCUUUUCUCGCGCACUCAGACGGGCAGGUGUGUCUUCCGCCACACCGUCAGCCAUCCUUGCGCACCCCAAUAUGGGUGAUCUUAUCGCUGCGCUGCACGAUGCACAGACGAAGCAAUCUACAACGAUCGGCUCAGUGCUCGAGGCCCGGCUACUGGUUGAUGCUUGCCAGCACCGCAAACGCGCACAGGUGGCCCAAUCCCUCGGCGUCGCCUCAGACCAGAUCGAGUACAUUGCACCCUGCUCGGCUUUGCAGCAGGGCAUCCUCUCUCGAGCCCGCUCUGGACCGGAACACCGAGACACGUACUUUAAUACGUUCCACUUUGAGCUCGACAGUACCGUCUCCGUUGAGAGACUGCAGAAAGCAUGGGCCACGGUCACUGCCAGAAAUUCUAUCCUGCGGACGCGUUUUGUCGCUACAAGGGAUGGCAUUGUCCAAGCUGCUCUGAAACCCGAUGCCGUCACCCUUCCCUGGAUGCAGCUGAAUUUGGGCGACAAUGCAGACGUAGCCUUGGCAUUGCAAGAGAAGUACAUAGACUGGGUCGAUUCCUGCCGAGGCAACGACAUUACCAACCCAAUACAGCAUUUGUCGUUCGCAUAUCGUGGAGCAAACACUCAUGUUCUGCAUAUCUUUCACGGCCUCUAUGAUGCGACAAGUCUCGGUCUCGUCCUCAGUCAGGUUGCAACCGCGUACAAAGCUGAACCGAACCGCUUGCCAUCAUCGUCAGCGCCAACUUUCCUACAUGCUCUGGUGCAUGGACCGCUCCGGAACCACAGCAGGAGCCGUCCAUUCUGGGAGAGACACCUGAAGGAUCGUGGCCAUUUCCAGCCCCUUCAGCCUCUAGUUGUUUCGAAGUGCGCUACCCGCGAAGACAUUGGCGUUGAGUGCACCCUGUCCUUUGCCGAUGUGGAACACAUGCGCGUUCGUCUUGGUGUGACACACGCAGCACUCGUCCAGGCUCUGUGGUUGUCUGUUCUGUACAAGAAUAUAUGCAGCCGUGCCAGCAACGGCGUGGCCCUUGGCCUCGUCCUCUCCGGUCGAACUAUGGAUGACCUAGACGGCGCCGAAGGUGUUGUAGGGCCCUUGUUCAACACCUUGCCGUUCUUUGCGCCGGUCGCCGAGCUCGAAUCGUCUUUUGCGGCACUGGCCCAGGCGUGUCACGCGUACAACGUAGCUACGCUACCCUUUCAGCAUACACCGUUACGAGACAUUCAAAAGUGGUGCUCGGCCGGACAGCCGCUCUUUGACAUCCUCUUCUCAUUCCAGUUUGGAGAUGAGUCCUUCGCCGGCACGUCGUCAGCCACCUCAGACUUGUGGACGCAAUCUGAACCGGCCGUACAUGCCGACUAUCCACUUGCUCUGGAGGCGGUUUUGAUGUCAACCCCGUCGUCGCCUACCCUCCGCCUGGUCCUUGUUGCGAUGUCCGGCAUUGCAGACAAGACAGUUCUCAACCAUGUGCUCGAUGAGUUUGAAUCUGCCUUGGAAGCUGUUGCAAAAGACCCGUUCUCAUCAGUUAUAGGGACCAACAAUGGCAUAGUGCAUGUCAUGGACAACAUCACACCCAAUCCAACCCCCGAGCCAGUAACAAGUGAUGCUUUCACCGCCAAUUUGAGCAAAGAAACAACCUCUGCUCCAUUUGUCUGGAGGGAUACGGCUGCAACACUGCGGCGGACAAUCGCUUCUCUUGCUGGCGUGCAAGCGGACACGAUCAACGAGAAUACCACUCUCCUGGAACUGGGUCUUGACAGUGUUGAUACGAUCAAGCUGUCAGCUCGCCUCCGCACAGCCGGUGUCCGUUUGACCAACAGCCAACUUGUCCGUGGACAAUCGAUUCUGACCUUUUUGGGCAUGAUUGAAGUCGCAAACAAUGAAGAAAGGGCCCCAAAUGGGGAUGUAUCGGCCUCGAAAUCCUCUGGUGACACUACUAUUGCAUCCACAUCAGAAGCGCUCCGCAGCUACUUCAACUCGAACGGUCGUGAUCUCUCCAACGUCUCCCAUCUCUUGCCUCCAACACCCCUGCAGGAGGCCAUGGUGGCCGACAUGAUUCAAUCAAACUUUGCACUCUACUUCAACAAUGACAUCUUGGAGAUUACCCCAGGUGUAGAUAUCGCGCGCCUCAAAGCCGUGUGGGCAUUUGUCGUUGCCAAACAAGCUAUCCUGCGCACGGUCUUUUUCAACAUUGACAGUCCUGAUUUUGCCAUUGCCUACAGUCAGGCUGUGAAGAAGUCCAUUGAGUUCAUAGAAGAGUGCAGUGUUGUGAGCACAGCGGAGCUGGUCGCCGUCGCCGACAAGGUUAGGAGACAGGCCAUUCACGGAGAAGGAGAGUCGGGGCUUUUCCAGCUUACAUUUGUCCACACAAGCGACACCAGACGCUGGUAUCUCGUUCUGUCGAUUGCUCACGCUCUUUACGACGGACGGUCCCUGGACCGCCUCCACCGCACAGUCGAGGCUACUUACCACCACUCCGACAACGCUGCACCUGUUUCACCUGCUGAGGAUCCGGCUUACAUUGGUCAGCUCGGUCUCAUCCUGCAGUCGUCGGCAGCACAGGCAGACGCUUUCUGGCUCGGCUUCCUCGAAGGCGCCCAACCUACCUACGUACCACGACAGAAUACGAUGUCAAUCUUCGACGUGCAGGCGCCAGAAAAAACCGUCGUCCGCCUUGAGUCCACAUCCUCUGUGUCCGUCGCCGAUCUGCAGGCCUUUGGCAGACAGCAGGCCACGAGUGUUCAAGUGAUCGGCCAAGCAUGUUGGGCCGCCGUGCUCGCAUCCCUGACGGGCUCGCUGGACCUCUUGUUUGGUGUUGUUCUGUCUGGUCGCGCUGCAGACGAGGACGACGCUACCGUUUUCCCGACAAUGAACACCGUACCAGUCCGUGUUGUCUUACACGGAACACCAUCUGAGCUCCUCCAGUACAUGCAGUCCAAUAUGGGCAGCAUUGGCGAGCACCAGUACUAUCCCCUUCGCAAGGCGCAGCGGGCCGUUAAAAGAGAGGCAGGCAGCGACAGCUCGUCAGCGUCAGGCAUCUUCAAUACUCUCUUUGUCCUCCAAAAGCGUGGAAACAAGGAACUACAGGAUACAGAGAAGCCGGUCAUCAUGAAGUCGAUUGGAGGUGCAUCCGACGUAGAGUAUCCUAUCUGUGUUGAGAUGGAGCUGGUUCACGACGACUCGGGGAAGGAUACAGUGGUGUGGCGGACGGCCUGCGAUACAGCCUAUGUGUCUCGCCAUGGUGCCGUUCGACUACUCCACCAGCUCGACGUCGCGCUUCGCUUCAUGGUCCAUUCUUCUGCGGCCUCUAGUACGACCAGUAUUCUCGCGUUCGAUGACAACGGCGUCUCCAUUUGCGGCCUCCCACCUUUUAAGCCAAAGGUGUCGAGACAAGCAGAAGAAAAGCUUAAUAUGGACCCUCCAACCGCAGAAGCCUCGCAGAAAGACUCUGGUGAGUGGACAGAAGCCGAAAUGGCCAUUCGCGAGGUGCUGUCGGCUGUGUCUGGCACACCCGAGAGCGCCAUCCAACGGACGGGCCAGACGCUCUACCAUCUCGGUCUCGACUCCAUCAGCACAAUCAAAGUGAGCUCCUUGCUCAAGAAGACAAAGGGCAUUGUGUUGGGCGUGCGUGCAUUGCUGGCAGCUGGUUCUAUACAAGAAAUGGCCGCCAUGGCCACGGCCGGCAAGGAGGACAUGCAGAAUACGUCUUUUGUUAGUCAAACUUUGUCGACUUCAAUUCUUUUGACGGCGCAUAUCGAACAAAAUCUACGCGCGGGAGGCAUGUCUCCGGCCGAUGUCGAGACAGUCUUGCCUGCCACGCCAAUGCAAGUGCACAUGAUCAGUGUCUGGCAGAACACGGGUGGCGACGUCUUCUUCCCUGCAUUCUGCUACCGCCUCCAAGCGAACGAGACAUCCACCAUUAUUAGUCUUUAUCAUAUCCAUAGUGCAUGGGCAGAGUUAGUAGCGGAACUCCCAAUUCUGCGCUCCAUCUUCAUGACCGCCGCUGUCGAUGCGCCUGUUCCGUUGUUGCAGGCUGUCAUUCGGAACAAGAUGCACAAGAUACCGCCUUCUCUGGACGAAAGCAAGGUGGUUCAUUCGUGGCCCACGCUUGGAGACACAUCAGCUCAGCCGUUGUUUGCCAUUCUAUCGGUCGCCCGGGAGGUCGAUGCCGGCCAUGUCUCCUUCCUCUUGACGCUCCGCAUCCAUCAUGCUCUUUAUGAUGCUGUAAGUCUCGAGACGAUGCUCGGGCGCUUCCAAGAGCUGCUUGUCUCCCCACUAAAAGGAAAAGCCAAGGCCACAUCGACAGCCUGGGAGCAAUCGCUCUCUCGUCAACUCUCCACGGCGACCACCGAGAGCAACAAAGCAUAUUGGUCGAAAUACUUUGCCGGAGCGAACCUACGAUCCUCUGUUGAUAUCCCCGGAAAAGUGCAGAAACGUGGCCGUGCCUCAUUCUACCGCCGUUCCGCGCUCGACAAUGUUGCACCACUAAAAGACAUGGCAGCCAAACUCGGCGUCGGUCUUCAGAGCCUCGUGUUUGCCGUGUAUGCGAAGAUGUUGUCCACAGAGAAUGCCAGCCAAGACGACGUCGUCUUUGGUGUCUACCUGGCAAACCGGAUCAACAGCGGCGAUGAUGACAAACUGGCGGCGUAUCCCACGCUCUGUCUUGUGCCGCUGCUCGUGCGGUCACCAUCCACGCGCAGUGUGGCCGACAUGGCUGCCCAGAUCCAGGCUGAUCUUCAUGCACUGGCCGCACCGCCUUCGCCGACGGCAGCAGCGCCGCUCACAGCAAGCCUCUGGGAGAUUCAACAGUGGACGGGUGUCGCCGUAGAAUCGUUUGUCAACUUUUUGCUCCCAGACGAUCUGGGCACCGUGGGUGCGUCGUCUGGCAUCUCGUUGGAGCUUGUCGAAAUGCCAGACAAGGCAUCCCCGCCACCAUCGCCCAGUGCUUACCCGUCUCUCCACGGCAACCGCGUCCGGGAGGCCUACAAGGACGCCAUCGAUGUGGAAAUGGCGGUCCGCAACGACACACUGGACAUUGGUGCCUUUGGCUCGGCGAGCCGUCUUGGUGAUGACGGCGGUGCCGAGAAGACAGUGCAAGCGAUUGUUAGUGCUCUCCUGGCGGAGCUUUCGGACAGGGAGUAA